AUGUUGUACCUUUCUAUGAGUGGAACUCUCUCUGAGAACAUUGUCAGAGUUUAUCCAAGGGACACAGAGCAAUCUAUUGCUGAAUAUUCCUUUGACAUUACAUGCACGCAUUGUAGAGAGGCCCAUGGGUCACCAGUAUUCAUCAAUGCCUAUGAGAAACAUGAGAUGGCUGGCAGCAGAGGAGAAACCUCCUUUACUAUGAAGUGUAAGUUCUGUGGCAAUGAAAUGUCUAUCAACUUGUCGCAUUUUGAAGAAGCACUAUGGAACAGUGAAGCUGAAAGUUACGACAGUGGCUCAAUCACCACAUCGAGAAAGAAGCACGGUAUCAAGAAUGUUAGUGGCAAUGCCGGUUUGCUAUUGCAGCUAGACUGCCGUGGCUGUGAUAUCUCCAAGUUCAAUCCUCAGAACAUCACAUUUGUCGUCGAGCUACAACAGGGCAAGAUGGAAUGCAUUAUCGAAGAAGGCGAGGACGAGUGGUACGACUAUGACGACAACCAAGGCGAGGAAGUCUCGAUCACCGAGAUCAAAUUCGAUAUCAUAAAGGGUAAAUAG